GCGCCUGCGGUUGCCAUGGCUUCUCCGAGCCGAGGCGGGUGGCGCAGCUAGACGCGGGCGGGCUUUGGCGGCGUCGCGCGCGGAAAGCGGAAGGCAUCACGCGGUGGGGUCGAGCGGUCUACUGUGGGGACCAGGGCGCGCUGGAACCCGGACCGCUUCUUCCCCUGGAGCACUGGCUGCGGACUCUUCUUCCCAAACCCCUUACGCGCGUGAGCAGCCAGCCAAUGUGGAACAAUGGCACUGAGCCACUCCGUGAAGGAGCGAACCAUCUCCGAGAACAGUCUAGUCAUCCUGUUGCAGGGCCUCCAGGGCCAGAUAACCACUGUGGACCUUCGAGAUGAGAGUUCAGCCCGAGGACGCAUUGACAAUGUGGAUGCUUUCAUGAACAUCCGCCUGGCCAAUGUCACCUAUACCGACCGCUGGGGACAUCAAGUUGAGCUGGAUGACCUCUUUGUGACAGGCCGUAAUGUCCGAUACGUCCAUAUCCCAGAUGAUGUGGACAUCACCAGCACCAUCGAGCAGCAGCUGCAGAUCAUCCAUCGUGUGCGCAACUUUGGUGGCAAGGGUCAAGGUCGGCGAGAGUUUCCCUCCAAAAGGCUGUGAAGCUGUGCCCUCAGUGAACUUCCAGUCCCACCUCAGGGUUCUCCGGUGUUCUGAGCCAACUCCUUGCCACCUUUCCCUACCAAUGACCUGGUGUCUUGAGCGACACCUGUCGAAGAUGCCUUUCAUAGGGUUCCACUUUCCAGACACACUCUGGGACCCAGAAUUCCUUCUGUCUGUGGCCUUGGGGUAGGUGACAGUCCCUCUAUUUGAUCAUUUCCAUCUGGAAUCUCCAGUUUAUGGAUUGACCACGUCUAUCAAGGAGUAAUCGAUUCUGCCAGUGAGGAUUAUUGUGUUUGGAGUGAAUCACCUCUAACUCUCCACUUCUCUUGGAGUUUGUUUCUUUUCUCAUAAAACCAAACUUGGAUACACACAA